AUGACCAACUUAAUUCCGGAUAAGCUAGUAGCAACAACAGUCAUCAAUUAUUCAGACAAGAAAUAUGCAGAUGAGGAGAGGAGAAGGAGAGGAGGAAGACUGCGAGAAGGAGGAGGACUGCAAGGAGGAGAGGAGGAGGAAGACUUCCAGAAGGAGGAGGAUUGCGAGAAGGAGGAGAGAGGAGGAGGGGGAGAGGAGGAGGAGAGGAAGACUGCGAGAAGGAGGAGGAUUGCGGGGAAGAGAAGAGGAGGAGGAGAGGAAGAAGACUGCGAGAAGGAGGAGGAGGAGAGGAGGAAGACUGCCAGAAGGAGGAGGACUGCGAGGAUGAGGGGAGGAGGAGGAGGAGGAGGAGAGGAGGAGAGGAGGACAGCGAGGAGGAGGGCUGCGAGGAGGAGAGAAGAAGGAAGAGGACGACUAGGAGGAGGAGAGGAGAAGGAGGACUGCGAGGAGGAGAGGAGGAGGGAGACUGCGAGGAGGAGAGGUGGAGGAGGGCUGCGAGAAUGA